GUCCCGCAACAGUGAAGCAUAAACAUGAGACCGAGGAACACGGCAGACGCAAGAGCAGGAAACGUUUGAUUUCAACAGACGUAGCGAAGUGAAUCAGUGCCAGCGACCAAAUAAUAGCGCUACUUUCGCCUCCAAAGGAAUUUUUGGAAACGUCGCACAUCAGCUUUUGGAGCAAGGAAGGCGCAGAAGAGAACGAAAUCCUCCAGCUUGUGCAUAUAAAGACUGAGAGUGAGGGGAGACAGAGGGGGAGAGAGGGAGACAGAGACGCAUGAGUCCAUAACAGAAAGUUGUUUCGGAAAACAAACUAGAAGGAACUCGGAGUGUUAUAGCAUAGCACACGAAAACCAUGCUGUCUCUUUACAGCGUGGGAUAGUUGCUGUUUCUCCCACAGUUUAACGGAUCGCGCAUUUAGUGGCUUGAAUCCUACUCAACAAAAGUUUGUCGUGAGGGACGUGUAAACCAAUACAACAGAAAUCCGGACAUUUUUUACGGGAACUGCAAACCCCUUUACAUGCCAGUUUAGAACGGCGUGUUCCUUUCAUUAGGGUCAUUUCGACAAGGUUUUACCUCUCAGGAUUGAUUUUGGGGAAUCGGGAGUGGGUUUGGAUUACAUAUUUUCCACUUUUGUUUCAUGGCCUCCUCCAGGAUGUAUCUUCUAGCGAAAUGCAUUGUCAUUUGCCAACUUAUGAUCCUGAUUGCGAAGAACAGCCGGGCGUUGUUGUGCCUGCCGUGCGACGAGUCGAAAUGCGAGGAACCGAAGCAGUGUAAGGGGGCCGUGGUGCCUGGAAUCUGCGGGUGCUGCACGGUCUGCGCAAAGCAGAAGAACGAGAGCUGCGGCGGCAUGUACGGUCUGUACGGAACUUGUGACCGGGGGCUCCGGUGCGUGAUCAGACCCCUGGUAAACGGCGGCUUCAUCACCCAGUUUGAGGUCGGAGUUUGCGAAGAUGAAAACUGGGACGACGACCAGCUACUGGGAUUCGAGCCGUGCAACGAGAACCUGGUCACCGGCUGCAACAUCAUCGAUGGGAAGUGCGAAUGCGAUAGCCUGCGGACGUGCAAUAACCCAUUCGAGUUCCCCAGCCAGGAUACCUGUCAGACAGCCCUGAAGAAGAUUGAAGAGGAGCGACCGGACUGCUCGAAGGCGCGCUGCGAGGUCCAGUUCUCGCCGCGCUGCCCCGAGGACUCGGUGCUGAUCGAGGGCUACGCGCCGCCCGGCGAGUGCUGCCCGCUGCCCAGCCGCUGCGUCUGCAGCCCCGCCGGCUGCCUCCGCAAGGUGUGCCAGCCCGGCUACCUCAACAUCCUGGUGUCCAAGGGCUCGGGCAAGCCGGGGGAGUGCUGCGACCUGUACGAGUGCAAGCCAGUGUUCAGCGUGGACUGCACGACAGUGGAGUGUCCUCCCAUCCAGCCGGUGCAGUGUCCAUCCGACAGCUACGAGACGCAGGUGCGACUGACCGCGGACGGCUGCUGCACGCUACCUACAAGGUGUGAGUGUUUGCCCGGGCAGUGUAGCCUCCCUCCGUGCCCAGCUGGAACCUCCCCUCAGGUCGUCUCCCGUGGCGACAGUACCCCUGGGAGGUGCUGCGAUGUUAUGGAGUGUGUCAACGAGACCAAGCCGGCGUGCACCUUCAACGGGAUAGAGUACCAGGAUGGGGACAUGUUCCGCAUGGACGCCUGUCGCUUCUGCCGCUGCCAGGGGGGCGUGUCCGUCUGCUUCACUGCCCAGUGCGGCAUCCUCCACUGCGAGCGCUACUACGUCCCCGAGGGCGAAUGCUGCCCCGUGUGUGAAGACCCCAUCUACCCGGUGCUCAACUUCGCCGGCUGCUACGUCAACGGGCAGAUCCUGGCGCACGGCGACCACUGGCGCGAGGACGACUGCACCUUCUGCCAGUGCGUGAGCGGCGAUGCCCGCUGCGUGGCGGCCGCCUGCGGGCACAGCUGCCUCCACCCGGUCACCGUGCCCGGCGAGUGUUGCCCCGUCUGCGAAGAGCCGUCCUACAUCACCAUGGCGCCCCCUGCCUGUGGCGUGCUGAAAAACUGCUCGCUCACGGAGCUCGACUGCCUCUUCGGCUUCCGUCUGGACGACUCCGGCUGCCGCACCUGCCACUGCAAGACCCGUGAGGAGCUGUGUAGCGGCCUGAUUGCCAGCUGCACCCUCAAGUGCCCGUUUGGCCUCCAGACGGAUGCCCAUGGCUGUGCCGUGUGCCAGUGUCGCCCGCGGCCCAAGAAGUGCAAAGCUGUGGCCUGUGAAAAGGAGUGCCCUUUUGGCUUCAUAAAGAACAAACAUGGCUGUGACCUGUGCCGCUGCAAGAAGUGUCCGGAGCUGCCGUGUGACAAGUCCUGUCCAAUGGGCUUCCAGCAGGACCAGCUGGGCUGUCUCAUUUGCCAGUGCAGAGAUCAAACCGUGUCAUCGGUGGCGCCGUCGGUGAAGCUCGGCUCAUGCUUGUCCAUGGAUGGCCGUCGGCACGAGAACGGCGAGAACUGGCACGACGGCUGCCGCGACUGCUACUGCCACAACGGCCGGGAGAUGUGCGCCCUCAUCUCCUGCCCAGUGCCCGCCUGCGAGAGCCCCACCAUCCGCCCUGGCCAGUGCUGCCCCUCAUGCCCAGAUGAGCCGAGCUCCCAUAAGCCGGUGCUGAGCGACUCGUCGGUGUGCCUGGCCCCCGGUGGCGAGUACUUUGUGGAGGGCGAGACCUGGAACAUCGACUCGUGCACGCAGUGCACCUGCCACAGCGGGCGGGUGCUGUGCGAGACCGAGGUGUGCCCGCCCCUGCUGUGCCAGAACCCAAUCAGGUCGCAGGACUCCUGCUGUCCACACUGUCCAGAGGAGCCCGUGACCCCGCAGUCGCCCAGCAACGACAGCAUGCCCAGCUACUGCCGCAACGAGGAGGGCGACAUCUUCCUGGCGGCCGAGUCGUGGAAGCCCAACAUGUGCUCCAGCUGCGUGUGUCUGGACGGCACCAUCAGCUGCUUCUCGGAGACCUGCCCGCCGGUGGCCUGCGCCCGGCCCGUGCUCCGCAAGGGACAAUGCUGCCCCUACUGCCUGGACGCCACACCCAAAGCCGUGUGCCACUUCAACGGGAAGACAUACAUGGACGAGGAGCGCUGGGACAUCGACAGCUGCACACACUGCUACUGCCUGCAGGGCCAGACCCUCUGCUCGACGGUCAGCUGCCCCGCCCUGCCCUGCCACCAGCCAAUCAUCGUGGAGGGCAGCUGCUGCCCCAUGUGCUCCGAAAUGUAUGCCCCAACCAAUGUCCCCAUCGAGAAGACUGACCAGAAAGACAAGAUCCCUCAUCAGCCUGCCUGGCCUACCCACAGCGAGAACGACAUCAUGCCUCAAUUUAGAGGUGACUUUGGCAGUCUCCAGAUGCCCUACCUGGACGGCAAGGCGCCGCUGCCCCGCGAGCAGGCCACGCUGCAGUCGGUGGCGUGGGUGGCGCUGCCCGUGGCCAUGAUGCUGCUGGUCAUCGCCGCCCUGCUGCUGCUCAACCAGAAGAAGCAGUGGAUCCCCGUGCCAUGCUAUCGCACGCCCACCAAGCCCACCUGUCUGAACAACCAGCUGGUGUACGUGGACUGCCAGAAGGGCACCAAGGUGCAGGUGGACAGUGCCCAGCGGAUGCUGAGGAUGGCUGACCCGGACUCCAGAUACAGCGGCUACUACAGUAUGCAGAAGCACAACAACCUGCAGGCAGACAACUUCUACCAGACUGCCUGAGCCAGAGAUGGAUGGAUGGAUGAAGAGAGAGAGAGAGAGAGAGAGAGAGAUGAAGAGACAGAGAGUGACUGAGAGAGAGAGAGAGAGAGAGAGAGAGAGAGAGGGAGGGAGGGAGGGAGGGAGGGAGAGAGAGAGAGUGAGGAGGAAAGGAAGAGACUUUGAGUGAACGACCUGCAGCAGCCCCAAACACAAAGAACGCGUGACCACCUGAUCUUGAGAGUGCUGGAAAAGAGAGAAAGAGAGAAAGAAGGAAAAGACCUGAGAGAAAGAGGGAAGAAACGAAAGACAUUGGCCGAAACAAUCCACACACCAAACCAACAGAGAAGACAAGUUAAAAGCAACAAAACUGUACAAAAAAAAGCCUCCCACCAUUUGCAACGAACAAACAAGCAAGAAAACAAUACAGCUGACAAUCUCAUCCAGACAUGAAAAUCCACAAACCAAAUGCAGGAAUGAUAUUUUUUUGAAUGGGAGAUGAAAACUGUUCCUAAGUAUGUGUGCAUGAGAUAGUUGUGCGCGUGUGUGUGUGUGUGUGUGUGCACGAGUGUGUGUGUGUGUGUGUGUGUGUGUAGGUGCAGGUGUGCUCAUUUGAAAUCAGAUGUAUGAGAGAUUAGGAUGAUUUUCAUUUUAAGUCAUCUUUUCCUGCAUUCCUGUUCCGUUGUGUUUCUUUGUUGGAAGAAGAAAAGCGUUUUUUUUUUUCUUUCUUUUUUCCCCCCCGGAGGACACAACGGCACCCCCUGGCGUGUGUUUGUGUACCAGUGCGACUGUGGACGCUAGUUUGACCCGCUGUACCAAAGCUCUCUUUUUUUUCUAUCCCAUAAUAACCACCCAUCCCCACGAGGGCUGUAGUCACGGGAACCUUGUGAACUUUCUGGAACACAGUGAAAGAAAGGGAGAAGAGAGGGGAGGAAAAAGAGACAGAGUAAGCAUGAAUUGAGAGGGGAGGGAGAGGAAGACGAGGAGGUCUGGAUGGCAAGAUACACCUUCUGCAGAGAUUCGACUCUCCAUCACUUCUUCCUUCCCCGCAUGUUAUGAACUGAUCUGAUCGUUUUGAUUUGCCGUCAUGAGGCACGGAGGAAGAAACAGGAGACAGGAGGAGGAGGAGGAGGAGGAGGAGGAAGAGGCACCACGACAGCACUCUUCAUCAUCACCAUGUGGACUUUGGCACCAGAGUCUAUGGGCUUCUCGUAUUUUAUUUACUUUAUUAUUUGUGGGGUUUCUUGCGUAGAACCAUUGAUUUUGAAGGCACACAUCCACGGAGAGUGAAACCGGAUUAGUGGGUCACUCUAGACAGGAAGUGGUGUGAAUCUGGAUCCGCUCCGGCUCAGAGCCAGAUGGGCUCCAGUCAGUUGCUAAUUGGUAUAGGGGAGGGGUUAGGGCUGACUGCGACCUUUGACCUCCAGCGUCCUGGCGAUCUGCCUUUUUCUCACAUUCUGAGCAAUGACGUAUUUGUGUUUGAUGAACCAGUAUAACGUGAGAUUAGGACAAAGCAUUGCGCACAGGUGACCGGUGUGGAGUUGAGCAUAAUGCUUGGUUUUUUUUGUUGUUUUUUUUACAAGUGCUGCUUCUGUUUUUAAUCCUGGCUUUGUUUCUAUUGGAGUCCACUAGGGGGAGCUCUAAGUCUGUGCAUAGAUCAUGAUCCAGCCGCUCCACUAGGGAAGACACAGCUGUCACGAAACAUGAUAGAAUCAAAGAAACGUUCAAAUGUUAUGUUUUUUCUUUCUUUCAGACAAAUACAAUUACUCUUUGAUUCUUUCGUCAUUGCGUUUUUAACAUAUUGUCCCUAUUGUAAGACGUUUCACAAUGAUGGCGUUACGGAAGCACCUUCUGUGUUGAUGUUAUUUGUUUGAUAAGUAAUUUGGCUUUGAACAGAUCUUUUGAAAUGCAUUAUAGGAACAUUAGCAGUGUGUACAUAGCAAUCAUGCAACGAAAGACCGGGGAUAAAAGUGUGAAUAUACAUGUAUGUUAUGUAUGUAUGUAUGUAUGUACGUAUAGUAUGUAUGUGUGUGUGUGUGUGUGUGUGUAUGUCUGUGUGUGUGUGGGUGUGAACAUUUGACAUUAUGUGUGUUCGAUGUGUGCGUGCACAGCAACCCACAUGCAUGUACAUUCUGAUUUUAAUUUUAUUAUUUUGCUCCUUCUCUCUUAAUAUUUCAUUUUUCCUGUUGAAUGUAUUUAUAAUGCAGAAAAAAAAUCAUGUUUUUAAAAAAAAGAGAAAAAAAAAUCUAAAAGCAACAGCGGAGGUAACUAGUGGUAACGGGCAUUCCUCUGCCUUGUCUGUUUGCUCAGGUGAGCUGGGUAAAAGAAAAGAAAGAAAGAAAGAAAGAAAGAAAGGACAUACAUCUCAGUGUAUAUGUUUUAAAAAAAAUUGUCUUGUCCACAAGUGCUCUGCUCACAUGUCCCGGCAGCACGAGUCUCGUUUCGUCAUGGCAACGCUGUGGAACUCCAGUCUGAACAGUGUCACUCAUCUCUCUAUUCUUCUCUGUCGUUGUUUUUGCUUCUGAUGUCCAAACCACUGGAAAGUCGAUCGGCAUAAGCUGUUAAAGAGAGAGAACGAGGGAUGGAGAGGAGGAGAUAGAGAAAGAGAGAGAGAGAGAAAGAAAG